AUGGCGCCUGCAGCUGCAGUUUCCCCUGGCGAACAUGGCCACGUUCGCUUCAUCCCUCUCAAAUACGACAACAGUGACUCUCAGAACUCAGCGAUGAAACUCAUUCUUACACUGUUUCCUCAAUGGGCCAACGAUGAGGCUCACAUCGACUUUGUCCGUUUCACCGACGGUAUCACCAACACAUUGCUCAAGGCGGUCAAUCGCCGUCCCGGAUUAACCAAGGCCCAAAUCGACAAGGACGCCGUUCUGCUUCGAGCCUAUGGUAAUGGCACCGACGUUCUCAUUGAUCGUGAGCGGGAAGCAGCAAAUCAUGAACUUCUUAUGAGAUACAACCUGGCCCCCCAACUUUUGGCCCGAUUCGGCAACGGUAUGCUCUACCGCUUCAUCCCAGGUGCCGUCGCCCAACCCAAAGACCUCGCCGACGCUCCUAUCCUCAAGGCCAUCGCUCGGCGACUGGCCCAGUGGCACGCAACCGUGCCAUGUAUCCCUGACUCGUCACUUCGACGAAACAGCAUCAGCAACGGGGAUCUCAGUAACAGUGCCCUCAUCGUCAACGCCGCCGCAGGAAAACCCAUCCCCAAUGUCUGGACGACGAUGCAGAAGUGGAUCCUGGCCUUGCCUACAGACACGGAGCCGCGUCGCGAGAGAAGAGCCCUGCUACAAGAAGAGCUCGAAAAGAUGGUCAAGCGGCUCGCGCACCGCCCUGGAUUGGGUAGUAACGGGCUGGUAUUUGCCCACUGUGACCUUCUAUGCGCCAAUGUAAUCAUUCAUCGCGAUGACGCUGCCGAGCCAUCCGUUAGCUUCAUUGACUACGAAUACGGAACGCCAUCUCCGGUGGCAUUCGACAUUGCAAACCACUUUGCCGAAUGGGUUGGCUACAACUGCGACUAUGCCGCCAUUCCUACCAAAUCUCAGAGGCUUGCUUUCAUCCGCGAGUACAUUUCUUCCUACGCCAAGCUGUCUGGCAAGACAAUGGACGAGGAAGAGGAAACGCGGAAGCUGAUGGAAGAGGUGGAUGUGUUCCGAGGCGUUCCUGGCUUCUUCUGGGGCAUCUGGUCCUUGAUCCAGGCCAUGAUCUCUCACAUCGAUUUUGACUACGCCUCGUAUGCCGAAGAGCGAUUGGGUGAAUACUGGGCAUUCAUGGCCGAAGACGACGGUAGCCGCGUCGCCUCGGGCAAGGAAAUACCCUUGCGGGAGAAGAAAUGGGCCAGCACUGAAUGA